AUGUCGGUCGUCGUGCCGAGCACGCUGGACCCGCCGGCGCUGUCGACGCUGACGGUGGACGUGCGCGGCCUGCCGGUGGACGCCGGGCAGAUCGUGCGCCUGAUGGCCGACCGGCCGCGCGAGCUGCGCUUCGACGCCGUCGUCGAGUUCACGGCCGCGAGUCUGGCGGCGUUCAACGAGCGCUGCGGGCAGCUGCGGCAGCUGGCGAUGGUCGGCCGCAUGGCGCCCACCACCGUGUUCCUGGACGCCUCGCUGCCGCCGAGCCGCGCCUACCUGGACACGCUGCUGCGCGCCUUCACGCAGCUGACGCACCUCGAGCUGAGCAACGUGUACUCGGAGGCGCUGGCGCCGCCCGCGGCCUGCGACAUCGUCGGCCUGGGCAGCCGCGCCACGCGGCCGCUAGCCUUCCUCGGCAUCUACGGCUGCAACGCCUCGCACCGGCAGCAUCUGCCGGCCCUGCGCAUCGGCGGCGACAUCGGCGAGGAGCAGCUGCUGAACACGGCGCGCGCGCACCGCCACCACGUGCUCAUGAUGCCGGACGUGCUGGAGCAGCUGGAGAUGCUGCUGCAGAUGAACCACGGCGUGCAGCGCUGGCAGGAGAUCCUGCACCUGGCGCUGGACGCCAUGGACGAGUUCGCCUUCUACAAGGAGGUGCACAUCCACUGCGGCGCCAUCAUCCAGAAUGUGACGUCCAGCCGCGCCUGGAUGGCCGUGCUGACCGAGGUGGAGCGACAGCGCGUGCUGCGCCAGCUGUUCCGCUCUGUGGCCCUGCACCGCAAGUCGAUCCGCGUGCGCCGCUUCAUCGCCAUCAUCCUGAUGAACUUCGACGUGCCGCGUGAGAUGAUGUUCAGCUUCGAGGGCUUCCUCGACACGCUGGGUCACAUGCUGAGCGGCGUGCUGAACGAGCGGGACACUUUCGUGGAGCGCGUGCUCAUCUUCCUGGUGAACAAGACGUGCUGUGAUGUGGACGGCCAGUGCAAGGUGAUGGUGGGCGAGCGUGGUCUGGUCAAGAUGCUGCUGAAGGCCAUCCACGCGCGCUGCCAGGAGCACAACUGCGACGAGGUGAUGCGCUUCCUCUGGUCCUGCCUCUGGAACGUGACGGACGAGACGCCGCAGAACUGCGAGCUGUUCCUGAGCAACCGCGGCAUGCGCCUGUUCGCGCAGUGUCUGCACGAGUUCAAGACGGACAGCGGCGAGCUGGUGCGCAACAUGAUGGGCCUGGUGGGCAACAUCGCCGAGGUGCCGCACCUGCGCGCGCAGUUCCUCACCAAGGACACGGUCGAGACGUUCCUGCGCCUGCUGAACUACUCCACCGCCGACCUGGAGAUCAGCUACCACGCGGCCGGCGUGCUCUCCAACAUGCUGUCGGACGGCGUGUCCGCCUGGACGCUGGCCGAGCCGAGCUGCGCCGAGGUGAUGUCGCGCCUGGAGCGCGCCAUCCGCGCCUGGAACGUGGCUGCCGAGCGUAGCAUCAACUACCGCAGCCUGCGUCCGAUCAUCCGACUGCUGCGCUGCGACGUGCCCGAGAGCCAGCUGUGGGCGGCCUGGGCGCUGGCCAACCUGACGCAGGCCAUGCCCGAGCGCUACGGUCGCAUGGUGGAGGACGAGGGUGGCGCGCGGCUGCUGCGCAUCGUGGCGCAGUCUGGCGACGACUCGUAUCUGGUGCGCCUGGCGCAGCAGUGCCUGGACAACGUGCAGCGGCAGCAGGACGGCGCCGCCAGGCAGCCCAUGAGCUGAAGCC